AUGCUUCGCAUCAGACAGGGAACCUGCUUGGUUUUGCUGGUCGGGCUGUGGCUGUGGACACAGCCGGGUCUAGCACAAGAGUGCAGAAGUGGUAAUUUAAAGCUCGUCAAUGGAAUGGAGAAAUGCUGCCCGAUUUGUUCAUCCAGACCAGAAAACCAAUUUACGCCGUGUGCUAAUGCAGAGGGUGACUGUAAAUGUGAGGCUGGAUACCAGUGCGCUGACCUAUCCUGCACGUCCUGCAAGCGACUCCCGCAGUGCAAGGCAGGUGAAGAAAUGAAAAAGACAGGCAGGAUUGAUUUUGAAUUCACCUGCAAACCCUGCAAAAAUGGAACCUUUUCUAAAGCUGGGGACACCAGAUGCAAACCUUGGACUAAGCAUCCAGGUCCUAGAUGUGUAAUGAUCAAGCCAGGAAAUGCAACCCAUGAUGCAGAAUAUGGCAAAGAUGAACCUUCUCUGGAGGAAGGCAUCCUUUCAUCUUUGGAUUCCUCGUCUACUACCAUCAUGGCAAUCCUGACUGCAGUGUCUAUCUUCGUUCUCAUCCUGAUGACCUUCUUCUUGCACCUCUUCAUAUGGUCACUGAAGAAAGAGAAAGUCCACAUAGUUCAAGAACCUGAAAAUAAUGCCAUCUUGAUGCCACCACCACCAAGCCAUCUUGUAGAAGAUACCUACAGCUGCCAGUUCCCCGAAGAAGAAGCUGGAGACAAAAUAAUGGAAGAAAAACCUUCUUGCAUCACCAUAAUGGGCCUGCACUGAAGAGGUGGAUGGAAGGCACAUAUCUGUGAAAAGGGAAGAUUUGAAUGUCUUUUCAAACACAGACAGACUGAAGGGUGGGGACAAAGAUAAUCUCAGAAACACGGCAGUCUUGCAGUAGGAAUUGAGGAACUAUUCCCUCGAGCUGGCAUUUGGCUCAGCCCCUGUUCUUUGCAGCCAGUUCUUCCUAUUCCGAUCUAAGUCCUUUUCAGCUCAGCCUAG